AUGGCGAUAGUGGCGGUGUCGCGGUGAUGGGCGAGCAGGCUCCGGACCCGAGCCGGUGUGGAGUGGCCGUCGGCUCUUGGGGCUGAUCUCGCUCCUCGCAUCCGUACCAUGUUCAGCAAGUAUUUCCUGAUGGGCCUCCACAACUUCGUGUGGUUCGCCGUGAAGGUGUGGAGCGUGUGUGUGGAGGCGGCGCGGAGGCAACUCCGCUCGAUAAUCCAAUACCAGACAGUGCGCUAUGACAUUUUGCCUCUAUCUCCUCUUUCCCGCAUCAGAAUAAAUCAAAUGAAAAGGAAGAUUCUGGUUUUGGAUUUAGAUGAAACAUUAAUACAUUCACAUCAUGAUGGAGUCUUGAAGCCAACAGUGAGGCCAGGUACACCGCCAGACUUCAUGCUGAAGGUUCUUGUUGAUAGACAACCAAUCAGAUUUUUUGUACAUAAAAGGUCUCAUGUGUACUUCUUUCUAGAAGUGGCCAGCCAAUGGUAUGAGUUGGUGAUUUUCACUGCUAGUAUGGAGAUUUAUGGUGCGGCUGUAGCAGACAAACUAGACAACAACAAGAAAAUAUUAAACCGACGCUACUACAGACAGCAUUGCACACUUGAAUUGGGCAGCUACGGGAAAGAUCUUGCAGCCAUUCACAACGACCUCUCCAGCAUUGUAAUAUUAGAUAAUUCACCAAGUGCAUACAGGGGGCAUCCAGAUAAUGCUAUUCCUAUCAAAUCCUGGUUCAGUGAUCCUGGAGAUACAGCUUUAUUAAACCUUUUACCUAUGCUUGAUGCAUUAAGGUUCACGUCAGAUGUCCGGUCCGUCCUCAGUCGGAAUUUGCAUCAACACAGGCUGUGGUGACAUUGAAUAAGGUUUCUGCUAAUGGUCACUUGAGGCAUUCCUUUUUAUGCCCUUUAUGAUUUGAGCAUGGCAAAAGCUGCACUCCAGAGAGGGGAUCUGAGUUUGCAUGAAGUGAAACAACCUCAGUGGAACAGUCAAGA